AUGAAGAGCUACUUGAGAUUACAAAUGAUCCUUCCAAAAACAAUUGCAAUUUUUGUCUCUUCCGGAGUGUGUGGGGCUUUUGAAUUUCCAUACACGGCUCAGAAUGUUCAUGAGCUGUUGCUGGAACGGUAUAAAGUACUAUUUUGCCGGUUUUCGAUAUUGGUUUUUCAAGCACCAGGUGCAGGUAGAGGUAUCAGGCAGGAUUCUCAACAUGAUUUACCUAUUUCCAGUGCGGCUUCUGCCGGCAUGUGCAUGAGCAUGCACGAAGUGAUGGCAACUUACUUAGUCAUGAAAGAACGAGGAGACACAGGGAAUAUCCUAGUGGACGACAUAGGAAAAUAAAUCGGUACUUACCAAUAACAGGUGCGUACAACAAACGCAAUAAGGCUGUCAUCACGGCGCUGAAAGCGGGCAACUCGAUCCGGGUUUCCAAGGGAUGCUGUUGCUGCUGAAGCGG